AGAAAUGGCUGCGUCCACGGGAAAAGCCACUGGACUCUCCAAAGCAGACUAUUUGAAACGUUAUUUAUCUGGAAAUGGGGAUUCCAAGAAAUCUAAAGAAAAGAAGGUCAAAAAGAAGCGAAGCCUACAGCCUGGAAAGGGGAUGAAAAUUGUAGACGACGAUGUAGACUGGAGGCAAAUGAUGACUACCCCUGAAGAGAAGGAGAAUGACGAGGAGGAUGAAGCCCCCGUGGUUGCUGAAGUCAUAGAUGAGCGCCCAGAAGAGGUCAGGCGUCUGGAAGCUUUCAGGACCAGCAACAAGUGGAGAAUUAUGGGAGACGAUUCUGGAUCUCAGGAUUCUCAGGGCUUCAGCAACCAACAGCGUGGAGGCUCAGGCAGUCGCCAUGACUCUCCGGAUGUGUCACCACAAAGACCGGCACGCCACGAUUCCCCAGACGUCUCGCCGCCAAGAAAGAGGCGCAAUGACUCUCCGGACCAGUCCCCACAGAGGAAACCUCGUCACGACUCUCCUGACCCUUCGCCACCACGAAGAACGCGCCAUGAUUCACCAGACGUCUCUCCACCGAGAAGAACGCACCAUGACUCUCCAGAUGCCUCUCCACCCAGAAGAGCCCGACAUGACUCCUCCUCACCCUCGCCUCCACGGAAGGCAGCAAAGAGCUCUUCUCCAAGGAGCACAAACAGAAGCAAAGAUGGGUCCUCCCACUCCAAGAAAGCCAAAGGCAGCUCCAGAGACCAGCCCAAGGGCCAUUCCAGAGACAGAGACCUCUCUCCCCCCCGCAGGAGACCCGUGAAGGGAGGGGGCUCUGACUCCGACCAAUCCCCACCAAGGAGACGGCCCGCGGCAGGCCGAGGUUCUGACUCCGACCUCUCACCGCCCCGGAAGAAGAGACAGGCUGCUGGUGGGGGCUCUGAUUCGGACCUGUCUCCUCCUAGGAGACGAGGCCAGGGCGGGGGAGGUUCUGACUCAGAUCUCUCCCCUCCUCGCAGACCCACUUCUCCCAGAUCACAGGCUCCACAAAUGCUGUCAGGCGGAGCGGCAGGUCUUGUGUCUCUGGAAACUCUCAGGAAAGAACAAGAGGAGAUAAAACGAAGGCAAAAGCAGAACAAACCCCUUGAAGAGGAGUCCCGUAAUGCGCAGACCAUAUUCCGAGAUAAGUCGUCAGGGAAGAGGCGAGACCUGGACGCAGAGCGGGAGGAGCAGAGCAGGAAGGCCGGGGUGAAGGCAGAGAGAGACGAGAAAUAUGCACAGUGGGGGAAAGGGUUGGCCCAGAGCCAGAUGCAACAGCAGAACGUGGAGGACGCCCUCAAGGAGGCCGAGAAGCCCCUGGCGCGUCACCGUGACGACGAGGAGCUGGACCGCAUGCUGAGGGAGCAGGAGAGGGAGGGAGACCCCAUGGCCGCCAUGCUGCGCAAGAAGAAGGCCAAGGACGCACAGCUCAAGGGCAUCAAAGAGAAACCUCGCUACAAAGGACCACAACCACCUCCAAACCGGUUUAACAUUAUGCCAGGAUACCGCUGGGAUGGAGUGGACAGAUCCAACGGUUUUGAGCAGAAGCGCUACUCCAGGAUAGCGGACAAGCAGGCAGUGCAGGACAUAGCUUACCAGUGGAGCGUGGAGGACAUGUAGACCUCAUGUAGGCCAAAGAGACCAGCGUGGCCGACCGCCCUGCAUCCCUGGACACCACCGCAGUGUAUAACACAGGACAUGUGAAGGACACUGUGCUCUGGGGCUGUCUACAUCAGCCCUGCAGGCUCAGAUAUGAACUCUAGAUGCUGUGUUGACCACUUCUUUUGGAUGGGAACAAAUGGCUGAAGGCAGAUCGCCAUCAUGUUUAGGGCAGUAUUUGCUGAGAAUCUGAUGAAGACUGUUGCGUCUAAGCGUAAUCCAGCCAUGAAACAAUAAAAGAACAACAACAAAAGGGAUUUUAAGUGUGCGGACUCCUCACUCUGAAAACUAACAGUCAGCCUUUGUCCUGCACCUUUUCCUGGGAUGUGCACAAUCUUCACCUUCAACUAUAGGCAGUAUAACGCUGCCAUCAAUUGGUGAUAAGGUUGUACACACAUGAACCGACACGUGGCGGUAACACCACAUCUAUGGUAAACAGGAUACCAGCCCUCAACGGCAACACCCAAGUUUGGACAAUGUCAAUAGGCUAAACACGCCGUCUAAUGUUCAUAUAUAUGAUGUAGGCUAAAGAUCAACAUGGCUGACUUCCCUGCACCCCUGGACAGCACCGCAGUGUAUAUAUAGGACUCUGGGCUCUGGGACUGCCUACACUAGCCCUGCAGGAUUUGCACUGAUUGGAUCUUUCACACUUUUCUUGGUCUAUUUUUGGUGCCUGAGCGGGUGAACACUCAGAAGGUCUCUCCUACUGUACUGUAGAUGCCAGUGAUGAUGCAGUUAUACAUCUCCCAUGUUGAUUUAUUUCCUUUUCAUAGAGAGUAAAUGUUGCCCUUUCGUAUAAAUCUG